AUGAAUUCCAUUGAAACGUAGUAUUUGCAUUCUGCUAAUUAAAUUCAACCUCUGGCUACAUUAUUGAUUUGUUAAUAAUUUUAAUUAACCGUUAAUAAUUUUCAUGUUUAAUAAUUCAUGUUUAACAUCGGUGUAUCGAAAUUUAUAUAGAGUGCACGAUUGUAUAUAAUAUAUAUAUUUUAUUCAAUUUGAAAAGCAAAGAAAGAAGGUGAGAAACGUGAAGAAAGGAACGAUAUCUUCUUUUUUUUUAAAAAUAUAAUUAUGUUAGUUGAAAAAUCAUAAUUCUAAGAAUUUUUGCGUUUUUAUAAAUUUACAUCAAAUGCAUAAAAAUUCUAAUAGUUAGAAAUUAAACACUAUCGAAUACAUAUUAAUCUCUCGGUUUUCUUUUUCAUAGAUAUUUUUCAGAUCGGGUACCUUGGAGCAACUCGAAGCCCAGAGAGACGAGAAGCUAACUGGACACAUUAUUCUUCUUCAAGCAAGAUGUAGGGGUUAUCUGGCACGUCGUAAACUCAACACUUUGAAACUGCAAGAUCUUGCGGUUAGAUGCAUACAGAGGAAUGUUAGGAAGUGGAUGUCCGUAAGAGAAUGGCCCUGGUGGAGAUUAUACGUGAAAGUUGCACCCUUAUUGAACGUUCAUCGGACAGAGGAUCAAUUGAAGGCAAAGACGCCACGUAGAUCAUUUACCUACUUCGGUAUAUCCAAGCAACUUCAUCCUUCAUCGAGAGUACAGCAGCUCGCUCGACUAGAACCCGCGUAUCCAAAAGUCCGAGGAAAGUUGAUUAAGCGGCGGUCGUUUGUCCGAGCACUUGUAUCGUGCAAUUUGGGUUAA